AUGGAUCAUGCAACCGCCGACGAGGUGGCUCCGAGACAUGGCCCCGCGUCGUCACCGACGGCCGGCUCUCCCGACAGCAAAAAGCGCAAGGUAGCCGGAGAAGCUCCGACAGACUCUGCAGAUCCUCCGACCGGCAACCCCAUCUCCAAGCGGAAACGCAUGGAGGAGCGACAUCAGAAGAUGCGCAAGCGCGGCCCGACGGCCUACUCGCGACGCGAUGGGGAUGAACGCUCGCGGAGACCGGAGCGAGAUGAUCGUGACAAUCGGUCCCCGUCCCCUCUCGCUCCGCGGCGGUCUCCUACCCCUGAAGAGCAGCCACGCCAGCGGAAGCGCCCCGGCGGUGGAUCGCGCAUGGGGCUGGUGGAUCGGGAGACGCUGCGUCGGCGACAGGAAGAGCGCGAGCGUGCCGAGCAGCAGGACGCCGUGCGCUAUUCGCAGCACCGCGGCGUGACGGAUAUCGUCCGUCAACACUACAACGCGGUGCCUGAGCGAGGCCGUGAGUGGAGGAAGACAGAGAGUAAGAUCAAGGGCCUGCGCACCUUCAACAACUGGAUCAAGAGCACCCUGAUCCAAAAAUUCUCUCCGGACGAGGAGUUCGUGUCGCGGUCUAUCGGAACCAAGGACUGGGCAGACACUUCGGCCCCGCCUCCCGUGGACGAGAAACGGCUGCUCGUGCUCGACCUGGGCUGCGGCAAGGGAGGCGACCUGGGCAAGUGGCAGCUGGCGCCGCAGACGGUAGACCUCUACGUCGGACUGGAUCCGGCCGACAUCUCCAUCGUGCAAGCCCGCGAACGCUACAACAGCAUGCGGUCCGGUCGCGGCCCGCGGGCGCCGCGCGGACGGCGUCCGCCGCUCUUCCACGGCGAGUUCCACGUCAAGGACUGCUUCGGCGAUUGGCUGGGCGACAUCCCCAUCAUUCAGCAGGUCGGGAUCGACCCGAACGCGGGGCCCGGUGGAUCUGUGAUGAGCUCGCGGUGGGGUGGCGGUGGUUUCGACGUCGUGGCGUCUAUGUUCGCCAUCCACUACGCCUUCGAGAGCGAGGAAAAGACGCGCCAGAUGCUGCGCAACGUCGCGGGGUGUCUGAAGAAGGGCGGGCGAUUUCUGGGUGUCUGUCCCAACUCGGACGUCAUCAGCGCCCACGUCGCGGAGAUCCACGCCAAGCGGAAGGCUGGCGAGGCGGACGCAGACAAGGAGACGGCUGAGCCUGAGGACGGCGAGGUGAAGGAAGAGUUCAAGACCGAGUGGGGCAAUUCGAUCUACCGCGUUCGCUUCCCGGGCGAGACGCCCGAGGAUGGCAUCUUCCGCCCGCCGUUCGGGUGGAAGUACAGCUACUUUAUGCAGGAGGCUGUGGAGGAGAUUCCGGAAUACGUGGUGCCUUGGGAGGCUUUCCGAGCACUCACGGAGGACUACAACCUCGAACUCCAAUACCGUAAACCUUUCCUCGACGUUUGGAAAGAUGAGAAAGACGAUGCGGAGCUAGGCCCACUGAGUGAGCGGAUGGGUGUCCGCGAUCGGAACACGGGCGAAUUGCUGAUGACGCAGGAAGAGCAAGACGCUGCCAGUUUCUAUCACGCGUUCUGCUUUUAUAAGGUGUGA